AUGGCAAGUUUCUUGUCUACACAGAUACGUGGACGAGGCCUUACUCUCUGUCGAUUGCUUGCUGCACGAUAUUCUACGAGCACCGGUACGAAAGAGCACAUUGACGGGCUGGUGAAGGGUAAAAAGGUAGUGGUGUUUAUGAAGGGGACACCUGAUGCCCCACGAUGUGGAUUCAGCAAUGGUGUCAUGCAGAUAUUAAACUUUCAUGGAGUUACACAAUUUGAUGCGCAUGAUGUUCUUCAAGAUGAAAGUUUACGGCAAGGUAUUAAAGAGUACAGCAAUUGGCCCACAAUACCUCAAGUUUAUAUAGACGGGGAAUUUGUUGGAGGAAUGGAUAUAAUGUUGGACAUGCAUAAGAAUGGAGAGUUAGUUGAAGAGCUGAAGAAAGUAGGAAUUCGAUCAGCUUUAUUAGACAAAGACAAUGGCCCAGAUAAACAAGGAUAG